AUGGAGAUGGAAGACCCAGGUCUACUUGGAGUUGGAAGAACCAGGUCUACUUGGAGUUGGAAGAACCAGGUCUACAUGGAGUCAGAAGAACCUAGUCUACAUGGAGUUGGAAGAACCAGGUCUACAUGGAGUUGGAAGACCCAGGUUUACUUGGAGUUGAUAGAACCAGGUCUAGUUGGAGUUGGAAGAACCAGGUCUGCAUGGAGUUGGAAGACCCAGGUCUACUUGGAGUCGGAAGAACCAGGUCUACUUGGAGUUGGAAGAACCAGGUCUACUUGGAGUGGAAGAACCAGGUCUACUUGGAGUUGGAAGUCCCAGGGAACAAAGAAGAAGAAGAAGAAGAAGAAGAAGAAGAAGAAGAAGAAGAAGAAGAGGAAGAAGAAGAAGAAGAAGAAGAAGAAGAAGAAGAAGAAGAAGAAGAAGAAGAAGAACAGCAAUGGAAAAGGAACGAAGAAGAAGAAGAAGAAGAAGAAGAAGAAGAAGAAGAAGAAGAAGAAGAAGAAGAAGAAGAAGAAGAAUAGCAAUGGAAAAGUUCUAUUUCAGCACACCGACAUCAAAGAAAAACCUUUAGUGGUUUACAGAAUAGAAACGUUGUUAAGUCUGGAGGUGCUAAAGAUUCUCACGCCCGUCUGCACAGGGAACGAAGAAGAAGAAGAUGAGGAAGAAGAAGAAGACGAAGAAGAAGAAGAAGAAGAAGAAGAAGAAGAAGAAGAAGAAGAAGAAGAAGAAGAAUAG